AUGAGCUUCCAGGACCUGCUCCGCGACAUGGAGGCCGGCGUGCUGCAGCCGGCGGCGCCGCCGGCGCAGGAGGUGGCGCACGGCGUGUUCCAGCUCAACACCAAGGUGGAGGCCCUCCGGUACAUGGCCGGCGCGCUCGGCACGCCCAGGGACACGCCCUCCCUCCGCGGCCGCCUCCGCGGCACGCGCGCCGGGAUCAAGCGGCUGGCGACGAGCACGUCCCAGGCGCUCAGGCAGGCCGCCGCCGCCGCCGACGACGACGAGUCGGUAUCCUCCUGCUCCAAGCUGGCCAUGGACUUCGAGGCCGCCGUGAACGAGUACCAGAAGAUCGAGCGACGCAUUGCGGCGGUCGAGCGGCAAGAAACCGCCGCCGCCGCUCGCCGCUCGCCGCCGCCACCAACUCCGGGCUUCAAUCACAUAAACAACAAUGGCGAUCACACAUUCCCCGAACAGAAGCAGACGCAGCUCGCCGUGCUACGAGACAUCAACCUGCUCGACAGCGAGAUCGAGCUCCACGAAGCCAUCAUCGCGGAGAGGGAGCAGGGGAUACUGGAGGUGCAGCAGGAGAUCGCCGACAUCCACGAGAUCUUCAGGGACCUCGCGGUGCUCGUCCACGACCAGGGUGAGUGCAUCGAGAUCGUCACCGCCAACAUCGAGAUGACCGAGGCGGCGACGAGCCAGGCGGAGGUGCAGAUCUCCAAAGCCGCGGGGAUUCGAGGGGAGAAGGAGGAGCUCCUGACCGGCGCAGGAACCGAGGACAACUCGCCGUCGAAAUGCUUGCUGCUGGCUGUUCUUGGAUUGUUUCUCUUCAUAGUUGGGUUAGUGCUUAUAUCAUGA